AUGGCUUUCUACGAAGGCUUACCAUCGCUACCUACCAUAAACACCUACGCAUAUACCAUGGCUCCGCAUCCAUAUGAAAGCCCCUCAGAAUCAUACUCGGAAUCCUCCAGCCCUGAUACCUAUCAAAUGAGGCAAAGCAUUAGCCCUUCUGAAUCGUCGUCAUAUACCAUGAUAUCGUAUGGUAGUUCUCAGAUUCCAUACUACCCACCAGCGGAGAAAAUCCCGGUGGAAUACAUCGACUCCACCUCACUAGACUCUGGAGAUCGAAGAGAUCGAAGAACUACCCAAAAGGGGCAGGUUUCUUCAAUGCACCUAAGACGCAGAGCUCAAAAUCGUGCUUCUCAGCGGGCAUUCAGAGAACGAAAGGAAAAGCACGUCAAGGGCCUGGAAAGCCAGCUACAGGCACUCCACGAGCAACACCAAAGUCUACUCCAAUCAUACAAUUCCCAGGCCAACGAAAUUGAGAGCCUACGGAAGCGGGUUCAAGAGCUGAUGAAGUUGCCAAACAAUGUGCAAUUCAGUGACUCCUCCACUUCCCCAAUCUGCAACAGCUCCUGCAGCAGUUCCAGUCCGGGAUUUACAACACCAAACAAAUUUGAGAUGCCCACCUUCACAACCAACUCGUACCCCACUCCUGAGCCGUUCUACGAUAAAUCAAUCCACGCUACCACCGCAUGA